AUGGGUUGCAGGGAAUCAAAACCGAAUGCUGACGAGGCACCAAAAUGGAGCAAGUUUCAAGACGCGACAGGAGAGUGCGUCAUCAACCAAGGUAUGUCGUCGAAUGCCAUGACCCUCGAUGAUACGCUUCUGGUCGCAGAGGAAGAAGAAGCUCAUCUGCAUGCCUGGAAAGAUCCCAAGACUCGAAACCGAGUAGAGACCCAAAUGCCUGAGGAGUAUGCGGACACAACAUAUGAGAGGAUCCUGGAGAACUUAGAGAACUAUGCCGCUCUUAAGAAACAGAAAGCUGCGAAUGAUAGUCGAUCUGCUGUCUCAGCUGAGCAUGGGAAACCAGAAGGGAACCGGGAGGAUGAAACAUCAGCCUCCUCGAGGUUGAAGAAGCUCGAACUAGCGCAAGCUCAGAAGAAGAAGCAAGAGCUUCUCGAGUUGGAGCCUGGUGUCUGGAAGCGCUAUGCACUGGAAUCUCGCUAUCAACAAGGAGAAGACCUGCUGCUGCAAGCCCAGGGAGAGGAGUCAGCAGAACGAGGAAGGUAUGGUCUUUUCUUGUUCAACGAUCGAGGUUUUGACGUAUUCCUUACUCGCAGUACCAAAAGGCUGGCAGAGCUGAAACAUGCAGUCGCGCUGCUGUAUGACUACAGGAGCAAUCUUGACGUGACCGGGCAGCAGCAGUUCCUCUCAUAUGUUUCCUACAAGCAUGCCAAAGAAGCCCUAGGCGUUUGGAAGGAGGUAGAGGAUUUGGUGAAGGAAGAUCAAAACAUGGCUCGCAUGGUUCAGAUCUUGAAGUCUGAGACUAUGUUGCUUAUGGGCAAGAGCCUGUGUAACUUUGCUCUUGACGGAGACGGUGACAAAUCGAGGCAUGACUUGUCAGCUAAAGAAGCCUUCCACAAGGCCAAGGAGAUUCUCGAGGAGGUAGAAACAAUUCGACGUGGGCAGGAUGCUGCCCUUGCAGAGACAGUGAUGGCGUUAGGGUAUCUCAGCUACUGUCAAGCAGGCGCAGCAAGCAAUGCAGGGCCAAGAUGCUCUCUUCACUUGUCAGAAAAGGAGAUCGAGUGUUUAUACAACUCAGCUCUCCAUUAUUACAAGGAAGCGCUGGAGCUCUACGUGAAAUGCUAUGGCAAGGACCACAAUGACUCGAUCCGAAUGAUCUGCAACAUUGCACUUGUUCACAAGGCAAAGGGACUUGUUUUCAAGAGACUUGAUGAGCUGGAAAAGGCGGAGAUAUGUUACAAGGAAGCUCUUUCUUGUCAGGGAUCGGAUACUGACAGUCAUUUGAGAGCCAAGAAGAUCAAGAUGGACCUGGCAGAAAUUGAAGUGCUGAAGGAAAAUAAUAUGGUGAUGCCGGAGAUUGUGAGCCAGGAGGACGAGGCGAGCCAGAAGAGGAGGGAGGAGGAAGCCUCAGCCUUGAUGGAAGAGUUCCUGGUGUCUAUUAUUUCAAUCUUGACUGGGCAACACUGA